AUGGGGUUGAAGCAUUCUAAUCGUAAAUUUCAUUCUCGUCCAAAAUUGUGUUUCUUGAAAUGUUCAACCAUUAUUGCUGCACUUCUCUUCCUUGCGUCCUUCAUUUACUUCUUUUCUCCACUGGCUGAUUUUGCAAAAUCAUGGUCCAGAGAGGUGCAUUUCAGGGGUGAUUUGCGUGAGGCUAAAUUCCCAUGGAACAAGCUUUGUUUUGGACAAGCAAACGAGAAGCUAAAGCUUGCAGUCUUCUCCAAAUCUUGGCCUAUUGGUGCAGCUCCUGGUGGCAUGGAACGUCAUGCUUCGACUUUAUACACUGCUCUUGCUGCUAAGGGGCAUGAAAUACAUAUCUUUACUGCGCCUUCUGAUAGAAGGGCUCACGAGGACAUUCAUCGAGGUAAUCUUCACGUAUAUUUCGCGUCCAAUGAUCAUGGCUCCGUUAAUUGCUCCUUAGCAUUUGACAUUUUCAAUCGUGAGAACAAGAUGAAUGAGUUCGAUUAUGUCCACACGGAGAGUGUAUCACUGCCAUAUUGGCGUGCAAGAGUGGUGCCUAAAGUGGCAGUAACUUGGCAUGGGGUGUGGUAUGAGAUAAUGCAUUCAAAACUGUUCCAGGAGCUCUUAUCCAACCCAAAGGAGCAAUUGUCCGGACCAAUGACUGAGCUACAAGAAGCAAUGCCAAGGUUGCUUAAUGAGAUUAGGUUCUUCUCGAUCUAUAAACAGCAUAUUUGCAUUAGUGACAGUGCAGGAGAGGUUUUAGUCAACAUCUAUCAGCUGCCUCAAAGAAAUGUGCAUGUCAUCCUUAAUGGGGUUGAUGAGACAAAGUUUACGCCUGAUCCCAUGGCUGGUGCAGUAUUUCGUGAAAGAUAUGGAGUGCCCUCCAAUGUGAGCCUAGUAUUGGGCAUUGCAGGGCGGCUAGUUAGGGACAAGGGGCAUCCCCUGCUUCAUGAAGCAUUUGCAAAGACAUCCAAACGACAUCCUGGUGUUUUCCUACUGGUAGCAGGUUCAGGUCCUUGGGGGAGAAGGUACGCUGAACUAGGGAAAAAUGUAAAGGUUUUAGGCGCACUGGAGCCUUCAGAAUUGUCUCACUUUUACAAUUCGCUUGAUGUGUUUGUUAAUCCUACACUGAGGCCUCAAGGGUUGGAUCUAACCUUGAUGGAGGCAAUGCAUUGUGGGAAGCCUGUUUUGACCCCAAAUUAUCCAAGCAUAACCAGAACAGUGGUACUGAACGAAGAGUUUGGUUAUACAUUCUCACCAAAUGUGGAGUCUCUUGUUGAAGCUUUAGAGUCAGCGAUUAAGGAUGGCUCAAGAGAGCUGCAGAGGAAAGGCAAGCUUUGCCAAAGAUAUGCAGUCUCAAUGUUUACAGCUUCUAAAAUGGCUUCCGCUUACGAAAGAUUUUUCCUCUGUAUGAAGAACACUAGAUAUUGUCAGUACCCCCUUACUAGUGACUGUUGA